ACGAGCCAUCUAUGUUUGCAGAGAGAAGAGCCCAGCAGCCACCGGCCCAGGCGCGGGACGCGCAGUUGUGGGAUCUAGCAACAAAUGAAAAACUACAAGAACGUUUUCUGCAAGAGGUACAGAUGGCAGAACUUUGGUUAUCUAGAGGAGAGAAUGGAAUGGGGGUACAACACCUCAGCAAUGCCCUUUCAGUCUGUAUGCAACCACAGAAGCUUCUCCAUGUUUUCAAACGCACACUCCCUCCCAAAGUAUUUCAGAUGCUAUUGCACAAAAUUCCCCUUAUCUGCCAGCAAUUUGAGGCAAACAUGAAUGAACAGGAAUGCUUGGAGGAUGAUUCUGAUUGAAAACAUUUCAACGUAUCCACAGUCCAGUCAGAAUACUGUGUUCUAUACAGUAUAAACAACUAACUGCUCAGUGAUACUUCCAUUUAUUUUACUUUUAGUAAUAAAAAUUUUUUCUACCUUAU